AGAAUUGAUGAAGAAAUUACAGAAAGUGAGUUCAUUUCCAUUAUGAUAGAUGAGAGCACAGACAUUUCUGUUCAAAAGAAACUUGUGGUAUAUUGUAAGACAGUGUCUGACAGUUUGCAGUGCAGUACACACUUUAUUGGAAAUGUGAAACUUUCUGAUGUGAGUGUGACCGGGGAAGUGUUGUUUAAAAGAUUAGGUGAAUUUCUAACUGGACGGGGUGUAGAGUGGAAGAAAGUGAUUGGAUUUGGAUCAGAUGGAGCAAGUUUAAUGACUGGAAAAGAGAAAGGGGUUGCUACAAGGAUCAAGAAGGAGGCUCCACAUUGUGUGUCUGUACACUGCAUGGCUCACAGAUUGAACUAAGCCACUUCUAAAGCUGCAGAUAGUGUGGUAUAUAUUAAAGAUACUUUUCAAAAGGUGUUGACAGACCUUUACUAUUAUUUCUCGAAAUCUACAGCCAGAACAGAAGAACUGAAAGAAAUUCAACGCAUUCUUGAAUCACCUGAGGUUAAGAUGAGAGAGGUACAUGAAAUAAGAUGGAUGAGCUUCUACAACUCACUAAAUGCUAUUUGCAGAUCAUGGAAAGCACUGUGCAAGUAUUUCCAGUCACACAAGGCAGACAGCAGCAGAACAAAAGGUUUAUUUGAGAACAUAACAGAUUACAAGUUUGUAUGCUGCAUGUAUCUGAUGAUGGACAUCAUCCCCUCUUUAGCUGCCCUUAGCAUGACAAUGCAGAAGCAAGACCUUGAUAUAUCAUCUGUUAGGCCAGCUAUUGAUGGUAUCUUUUCUGCAGUAGACCAGGCAUUGAGUAGUAAGAGCUACUAUCAGCAGUUACUUCACACAUCUCACAUGAAGAAGGAUGUCAAAAUGAAACAGGUCACAGUUCAAGGAGUAAAAGUCACUGUGUCAAAUGAAGAAAACAUCAGAGAAGCACAAAAAUCGUUUGGAAGCACAAGAACUUCCUUCCUUAAAUCUCCCAAGGACCAACUCGACAGAAGAUUUCCUAAGAAGGAACUCAAGGUUGCCACUUCAUUUCAAGCCCUAGGUCUGAGACCAUUAUCAUUCUUAUCAAGGGAGAAUUACUGACAUUUGGAAAUGAAGAAUUGGAUGUUCUGAUUGAACAUUAUGGCCAGGACCAAACAGGAGCUAGUAAUGUCAGCA